GAUCUCCUCACAUUCACACAUCCGCGGUCUCGGUCUCGAUGACAAUCUCGAACCGAAGCCAAACAGCCAAGGCAUGGUUGGACAAAUCAAAGCCCGCAAAGCAGCUGGUGUCAUUCUUCGCAUGCUUUCGCAGAAUAAAAUCGCAGGCAGGGCGAUUCUCAUGGCUGGUCCACCAUCGACUGGCAAAACGGCCAUUGCGAUGGGUAUGAGCCAGUCGUUGGGUGAAGGUGUACCGUUUACGAUGAUUUCUGCUUCAGAGAUAUUUAGUCUUGAGAUGAGCAAGACGGAAGCCUUGACGCAAGCAUUUCGCAAAUCGAUUGGUGUUCGCAUUCGUGAGGAGACGGAGAUGAUUGAAGGCGAAGUCGUGGAGAUUCAAAUUGACAAGUCCCUGACGGGUACGACAAAGAUGGGCAAAUUGACCCUGAAAACAACAGACAUGGAAACAGUCUAUGAUUUGGGAACAAAAAUGGUUGAGGCAUUGUCAAAGGAACGCGUGAUUGCAGGCGAUGUCAUUACAAUUGACAAGACAUCCGGCAAGAUCUCAAAACUCGGCAGGUCUUUCGCUAGGUCGCGCGAUUACGAUGCGAUGGGCGUUGAUACACGCUUCGUGCAAUGCCCAGAAGGCGAGAUUCAGAAGCGUAAAGAAGUGGCGCAUGUUGUUUCGCUGCACGAAAUCGAUGUCAUCAACUCGAGAUCACAAGGCUUCCUCGCUCUCUUCUCUGGUGAUACUGGAGAAAUCAAGACUGAAGUCCGUGACCAAAUCAAUGUCAAGGUGGGCGAGUGGAAGGAGGAAGGCAAAGCGGAUAUCUGCCCGGGUGUCUUGUUCAUUGACGAAGUACACAUGCUUGACAUGGAGUGCUUUUCAUUCUUGAAUCGUGCCGUGGAAGCUGAGCUAGCACCGCUCGUGGUGAUGGCCUCGAAUCGUGGUGUGACCAGAAUCCGUGGCACACAGUACAGGUCGCCCCACGGUCUUCCGGUUGACUUGCUGGAUCGUAUGCUCAUCAUCAGCACGAGCCCGUACACUGCCGAGGACAUUCGGCAGAUUCUACACAUUCGCACACAAGAAGAAGAUGUGGAUCUCGCUUCAGAUGCGCUCGACCUCCUCACCAAGAUUGGCCAAGAGACGUCGUUGCGAUAUGCGAUGCACAUUAUCAUCACAAGUCACUUGAUUGCAAAGAAGCGUAAAGCACAGCAAAUCACGGUGGCGGAUGUGAGCCGCAGCUACGCCUUGUUUUUGGAUCAGAAGCGGUCUGUCAAGUCAAUCGAGGAGAGCAGCGACUUCUUAACAGAGACGCAUUACCAGGUUGAUGGCAAUCAGCCGCAACCGAUGGAAGUGUCAUAGAUUAAAAAGCAUAAAGUAGUCAAAACACUCAU